GUAGCGAAUCGUUCUAUGCACGCCAUGGCAUGGCUCCGAGGACCUCAUUGUUGUUGAAUAUUGUCUAAAAGUCGAUAGUUCAUCUUGAUGUGGACCGGUCACAAUGUCGAACUUCGACAAGAAGAAAAAGAGAAAGGCCGAGGGCGACCAUAAUGUCCAUGCUGCCAAAAAGCCUCAUAACGUUCAAAACAACAAGCCAAAUGGCCAUGUCACUCCCAAAUCACUUCCAUCACUACCACAAAUUCAGGACAAGUACAUAGAUGAGGUCUUCACGCAUACUUCUCUCUCCCACGAGAAGAACUACGACCGACUGGAGUUCUUAGGCGAUGCGUACAUUCAAAUCAUUGCUACCCAACUCAUCUACGAGAGUUCAACAACGCUUUCAGCCGGCGAGAUGUCACAACUGCGCGAGUCGUUGGUUCGAAACGAAACUCUGUCGCAAUACACGGUGCUCUAUGGCCUUGACCAGCGACUCAAGCAAUUCAAGCGACUUUCGAAUCUGAGUUCGCCAGCCUGGCUCAAAAUCAAGGGAGAUGUCUUCGAAGCGUACAUGGCCGCCGUCGUUCUUUCCAAUCCAGACGGUUUUGCGGUAGCCAAAAAGUUCCUGACGGAGCUGUGGACACCGAAAGUGAAAGCUGUUGUCGCUGAGCCGCAGGCAUCACCGAUGAGUAAACAAGAACUUGCCAAGAGACUUCACGGGAACGGUGUCUUGAUCAAUUAUGUUGAUGAGAGGAAACCUGAGAUCCACUAUGGCCAAGGCAAAGAGACAUAUUACGUUGGGGUGUAUUUCACCGGAUGGGGCUGGGAGAAUCAAUACCUUGGGAGUGGAAAAGGGUUGAGCAGGACUGCGGCGGGACAAGAAGCUGCAGCUGUCGCUUUGACAAACCAUCCUCUGAUUGAUGAAAUCGCUGCUGUGAGGGCGGACUUUUACGCACGCAAAAAAGAGGAAGCAAAGGAGAAGGAAAGAGACAAGGAAGAAGCCAAUCCGAAGCCGAAAGAAUGAAGGUUGGCGGUUUUGUGGCUGCAUCAGCAUCCCUUUAGAUCCCAAAUCAGGACCAGAUCAGGAAACUCUCGGACACUUCAACCAAAAACGACUUUCGAACUUGUGCGUCAAUGCAGUGACUCUCAUCUCGACAGCGGACACGCGUACCCUUCCUGCACUUUAUGGUCAAUCAACGACAUAUUGCGAACAGCAUCCGGAGACGUUGCUCUGAACAAAAACAUACUAUGAGAAUCUUCCGUCGAUGGUGCUUGCAGAUGCGAAGUAAUCUCACGGUCUGGGCAUUAUCCUCAGCUGUGGUCGAGUGCUUUGGGACGCCUCAAAAAGGCCAUUCAGAUAUGGUAUUGCCAAAUGUACUGUUGCUGAAAGGAUUGACAGCUUUGGCUGUACACGAACUGCCACUGGUGACGAAAUGUAGUUGAACGGUCAAAUAGUACUUUGGGAGUUAAAAAUCUUGGGCCAGUAACCCAUCGGAUAGCAUCCCCCUUGCUGACAGAGCAAGAAUAGGAUCCUGCAUGACUGGAACUACCUAUGAGAGACCUUUGGUGGACCUAUCACUGUACAGAUAUCCCGAACCCGUGUGGUGACUGCUAUGAGAACAAGCCAGACCCGGUGGAGGAUCCGACAUACUUGGCAACGUCAAUUUCGUCCGUUCUCGUACAUCCCAAAAACACACCACCAAGUACAUCCCUUCGUAUAUGCCAUACAAGUUUUAUUCCCUCGCACGACAAGAACAUUCUCUCCUUUGAUGCAACGUCAACACAUCGUACAUUGUAUGUGGGGUCGACUGAAACAUGACUGGACAAUGGUGUCUUCUGUUACAAAUCAAUCCGUCCAGAAGGUAGUCUACAGAGCAGAGUGAAUUCUGAUAAAUACCUGGUCACGGCGCCAGAGAACGUACGGCCAUUCUUUCACUUUGCUUGCGAG